AUGAGCCAUUCAUUUGAUGCUGGAAGAAGAAGCUGGGCUCAGAAAAUGGACCAGAAAACCAACAGGAGGAAGAAGUCUCCCUUUGGAAGGAUUCCUACUGUGAAGGGUAGGAACUCUUCAUCGAGGUACGGUGCUGAGCACUCUAUGAACACUACAGUUGAUUUGAGAGAGAGUCCAGAGCACUCACCGAUGGCUUCGCCUUCAGCAUCAUCUUCAUCCUUCUUCAAAAGUACAAGCCUAAAAUUCAGCAACUACAGUUCUCCUGUAUCAACCAGCACGCAUAUUGAGUCUUUUAGGGUAUUUGCAGCAACAUGGAACGUCGCCGGAAAGACUCCAGAUAUGGAGCUGAAUCUGAAUGACUUCCUGCCUUCUGAUGACCAUUCAGAUGUUUAUGUUCUAGGAUUCCAAGAGGUCGUCCCUCUCAACGCCGGGAACGUGCUUGUGAUCGAGGACAACGAGCCGGCGUCGAGAUGGCUCGCGCUCAUCAACCAGGCGCUCAACCGGACUUCGUCGUCGCCGCCGGCUAGCCGGUCCUUCAGCCAGUCCGCCUCUCCUGCUUCGGCACUCCACACGGCGAGCUCCAGCCCGCUCGACCCAUCGCAGUUUCAUAAGAAUGGGUCCUCCCCCAGAGAGGUUCGCCGCGCCGCCAUCACCCGCGGUCGCCGGCUCAAGUCAUGCACUUGCCCCACAGAGAGGCCGCCCCGGCGCCGGCCGUACUCCAAAUCGUCGUCGUCCUGCCUGAUGAUGCGCUGCGGCAGCAGCAAAAACCGGCGCCGGUAUGCUGUCGAGGGCGACACGACGACGUCAGACGAGGAGGACAUGGACGUCGUCGUGGACGGCGGUGGGGAGGCAUCGUCCAUGGCGUCCGACGCCACGCUGUUGCUGCAGCCGGCGGCGGCGAACCUGCAGAGGAGGUACUGCCUGGUGGCGUGCAAGCAGAUGGUGGGUCUCUUCGCAACGGUGUGGGCGCGGCGGGAGCUGGUGGCGCACAUCGGCCACGUCCGGCUCAGCUGCGUCGGCCGCGGCAUCAUGGGCCGCCUUGGCAACAAAGGGUGCAUCUCCGUGAGCAUGUCGCUGCACCAGACGUCCCUCUGCUUCGUGUGCAGCCACCUCGCCUCUGGCGAGAAGGACGGCGACGAGCUCCGCCGCAACUCCGACGUCGUCGAGAUCCUCAAGAACACCCAGUUCCGCCGCGUCUGCAAGCGCUCCGGCCGGCGCAUCCCGGAACGAAUCCUCGACCACGAUCGCGUGAUCUGGCUCGGCGACCUGAAUUACCGGAUCGCGCUGAGCUACGCGGAGGCGAAGAAGUUGGUGGACACCGGCGAUUGGGCGGCGCUGUUCGAGAAGGAUCAGCUCAAGACGGAGAGGGAGGGCGGGGUGUUCCGCGGGUGGAGCGAGGGCGUCAUCUCCUUCGCGCCGACGUACAAGUACUCGUGGAACUCCGACAGCUACUACGUAGGCGAGGACGACGACGGCGCGGCGUCGAAGAAGAAGACGAAGCGGAGGACGCCGGCGUGGUGCGACCGGAUCCUUUGGCGCGGCGACGGGAUCGUGCAGGUGGCGUACGUCCGCGGGGAGUCCAAGUUCUCCGACCACCGCCCCGUGUGCGGUGCAUUCAUCGUCGAGAUCGCCGUCCUCGACGGCGCGGCCAAGAUGGUGAAGCUCGUCGCGGCAACCGCCAGCAUGAAGGUCGGAGCGGAGGAGCUCCUCCUACCUCGGCAACCGUAG